UGUGAAAGAUUUUGAAGAUAAACACAAAUUUGAUUAGUGGUUUUUCUCAGUUCACCAUGUCUUUCCUGGGCCUUUUAGGUGGCUCUGCCAAAAGCUCUGUUGAUUUAGCUGAGUUACAAAGAAAGAACAGUCAGAUUCAAUAUGAUGAGAUACAAAAGGUCACCAGUUCUGUACUUGGGAAAACAGAGCUUCGUCCUAAGCUGGGUAUCAUAUGCGGAUCAGGUCUUGGUGGUUUAGCUAAUGAGGUUAAGGACUCUCAGGUAAUACCUUACGCUGAGAUUGAUGGCUUUCCUAAAUGCACAGUUCCGGGUCAUGCUGGUAAUCUUGUCCUUGGUUAUUUAUCUGGUGUUCCUACUGUAUGCAUGCAGGGAAGAUUGCAUUUCUAUGAGGGACACCCAGCAUGGCUGGUUACAAUGCCAAUUAGAAUGAUGAAGCUAAUUGGCGUUGAGACUCUCAUUGUAACGAAUGCCUCUGGAGGUCUCAAUCAAGAUUACAACAGUGGUGACAUAAUGGUAAUAAAGGAUCACAUUAACUUAACAGGGUUGACUGGUCAGCAUCCUCUGGUGGGGCCAAACGAUGAAAAGUUUGGUCCACGUUUCCCAGCCAUGACCACGCCUUAUGAUCCUGAAUUAAGACAAUUGGCUCAAGAGACAGCCAAGGAAUUGGGUUUCUCUGGUUUCAUGAGAGAAGGGGUUUAUGUCAAAGUGAGUGGUCCAAGCUAUGAGACCCCAUCUGAGUCAAGACUUCUGCGUAGUAUUGGAGCUGAUACAGUAGGAAUGAGCACUGCACCUGAAGUUGUGGUAGCAAGACAUGCUGGGAUGAAAGUACUAGGGUUUUCAAUGGUUACUAAUGUGGUUAUUCUUGAACAAGAUUCAGACAAAACACCACCAACACAUCAGGAAGUGAUGGAUACUGCAAAUGCACGUGCAAAAGACCUUCAACUUUUGGUUAAAACAAUUGUAGGAAAACUAGCAAGCACACUUUAAGCUACAGAAACUGCUGCUACUGCUGCUGCUGCUAUGCUGCAUAAAAAAAGAGAAAGGACUAUUUUAAUACAGAGUGCUAAUUUUUAUAUCACUAUUUGUUACUUGUACAAUGGAGAGAUAUUAGUUUUUAUUACACAUGUAUGACUUUUAUUUAAUUUCACAAAAAUACUUAUGCUGACUCCACC